AUUCUCGGCCGCCAACCAAAUGCCAAGUAGGCGUAGCACGCGGGCACAAAAGAAAGAAAACGAGUAAACCAAUCACGAACCGGUCAACUUCCCAACAAAACCGGACCGGACCGGCACCGAUAACCCAAACCAAAAAUCUUCGUCCCUCACCUCCAUCAUCGUCCCCAACCCAACCUCACAAACAAACGAACACAGUAGAGAGAGAGAGGGGGAGCUGCCAAGACCACCUCCGAAGAAUACCCCUCUCCGAUCUCCGAUCAAAUCAACCCCAGAAACAAAACUCAAAAAACAAAAAUCCAAAUUGUUGUUCAAAACACAACAAAAUCAAAAACUUGCUUUCUUUGUUUUAGUUAAUCGUAUCAUAUAUGAUUCACAUACAGUCUAUCUCUUCAGACUUUGAUGCGACGAUUGAAUGCUCGCAAACUCGAUCGUAACUCCAACAUCGAGGAAACCAACAACAGCGAAAGCGAAAGCAAAAGCAAAAUGGAGUCGAUCAAACUUCAGUUCCGCCCAAAUUCGCCUCACAGGUCCAGCCUCUUCUCUCGAAAUCCUAAACACUCCACCACCAACAUUACAAAAUUCUUUGCUUCCAUCGCAAUUACCCUCGCUUUGUUCUGUUACAUAUUCGUUGUUUCCACCGCUUUUCGAAACUCAGGCAAGCGAAAAUUCGGGAUCGUAAUCGAUGGAGGAAGCACUGGGACUCGGAUUCAUGUGUUCGAGUAUGUGGUUAAGGUUGGGGUUGCGAAUUUCGAUUUUGGGGAAAAUGGGUUGGCGUCAAUGCGGGUGAACCGUGGGUUGUCGGCGUACGCGGAGGAUACGGAGGGGGCGGGGGUGUCGUUGGGCGAAUUGGUUGAGUUUGGGAAGAAGAGAGUGCCGAAGGAGUAUUGGGGAGAGACGGAGAUUCGGCUCAUGGCGACCGCGGGGUUGAGGAUGCUGGAAUUGAGUGUCCAAGAUCGGAUUUUGGAGUCGUGCCGGAAGUUUCUGAGGUUGUCUGGGUUCAGGUUUCGUGAUGAUUGGGCAUCUGUUAUCACUGGCUCUGAUGAAGGAGUGUACGCUUGGGUUGUUGCAAAUUAUGCCUUAGGCACUCUAGGAGGUGAUCCUUUGAAAACAACUGGAAUCAUUGAACUUGGUGGGGCUUCUGCUCAGGUAACCUUUGUUUCAAGAGAGCCGAUUCCCACUGAAUUUUCUCGUAUGGUUAAAUUUGGGAACAUUUCUUACAAUCUCUACAGUCACAGUUUGCUUCAAUUUGGUCAGAAUGUUGCAUUUGACCUAUUACGGGAAUCGCUUGUUACAAGAGCCCCAGAAUCUGCUACUGAAUCUCUUCAGACAAAAAAAUCAAUAGAUCCUUGUACUCCUAGUGGAUAUUCACAUGAUGCAAAGUCUUGGACUGUUUCGCAUAGUUCCAUGGCUGAAAAGAGUAAAUACCUAUCUGCUGUGCUACCCAAAGGUAACUUCUCAGAGUGCAGAUCUGCUGCUUUAAUGCUGUUGCAAAAAGGAAAAGAACAAUGCUCCUACCAGCACUGCUAUAUAGGAUCAACAUUUAUACCGAAGCUUCAGGGAAAGUUUUUAACCACAGAAAAUUUUUUCUAUACAUCAAAGUUCUUUGGGCUGGCCCCAAGGAAAUUUAUAUCUGGUCUGAUGACGGCUGGUCAACAAUUCUGCGAAGAGGAUUGGCCAAAGUUGAGGAUGAAAUAUGACUCGCUUGAGGAGGAUGAUUUGCUGCGUUAUUGCUUCUCUUCAGCAUAUAUAGUGGCCUUACUCCAUGACAGUCUUGGAAUUGCUUUGGAUGAUGAGAGGAUUGGGUUCGCUAAUCAGGUGGGAGAUAUCCCACUCGAUUGGGCAUUGGGCGCAUUCAUCUUACAGAGUGCGGAUAACUUGAACACAGAACAUCCCAACUGGAUUGCCACUGUAGUUAGCAAUGAUUCAUCGACACUGAUUGCUUUAUUUGCUAUCUUCAUUGUAUUGAUCUUUAGUGCAUGGUCUUUUACAAAGUGGAGGAAGCCCCAGGUGAAGACAAUCUAUGAUCUAGAAAAAGGAAAGUAUAUAGUUACACGUGUCAGUAGAUAGUCCUAGGAGCUUCUUUGAGAGGCACCCAAUGGCCCAUUUUCCUGGUUUUGCCAUAGGAAUGCACCAAAUAAGCUUACUGCUUCUACUUAGAAGGUUGACCCCUCACAGUGAGACCCAUGGUACCUAAUGGGGUUGCAGGAUAGAGGGUAGAGUAGAAUGACUCUUUGGAGGCCAUUGAUGUAAAAAAGAAAGAUUAAAUUAUGAUUUAUAUUUAAUGGGAAUUAUUGAUGUAAGGGUGUUCACAUUGUCAAAACUAUAAACAGGGUUAGGAUGUGUAGAGUGUGCAGUGCACAUGCUGCAAAAGGAUUAGAGAGAGGGAGGACUGUAUGUUGUUUGUUUUGGAUGUUUUAAUUGUUACUCAACAGAGAAAAAAAGGGAAAAAGGUUUGUUUCUAGUCAUCUGUUUUCUCCAGAAAUGUUGUUGGGUCGAUAUUGAUAAAGAAAGAGAGAAGGCACGGAUUUUUGUUUGUUGUUAUAUCAUUCAUGUACUUUUUGUAACAUGAAAUUGAGUCCAAUUUUGU